AUGACAAAAAUGAAAACUAUUAUAUCUUACUUGCUCAAGACUGAAUAAAUGAUUUAGAGUGAAGUUGCACGUCCGAAACUGCAAUGCUCGGCGCACGAAACUUCAGCCCUAGUAUUGAUUAGAUGCCACUUCUACCUGAUGCCGCAAUAGGCGGAUAUUACAACAAACCACUCUCAAUAUUGUGAAGUGUAUAAUUUCCGCGCAAACGCUUUUCCGAUUAUUACAUGUCAAAAGCUGCCGGUGAACCGACCGUUCAGUGAUCAAUCCAUCUUCAAUGAGCGACCAUGGGCGGUCCCGGGGACAGUCGCAAGCCUUUCACUGUCAACGUAUAUUUGGCCGAUAAAGAGCGCAAUAUUCGGCUAAUCUAUUGGUUGCUGAAAUCGGCAUGUCUUUGGCCUUACUCGAGUAAAGCUUCCAUUUACGAACGUGUUCUCUCGGAAUUUUCAAUAGUUACGUGUUUCUCUAUGUUAUCUAUCACGAUGGUGAGCGCCGGUCUAUUCCUUUUCGUCGAAGAACGUGGCAAUACGGACUUGGUAAUGAUGCACAUUGGUCCCUUUCUAUGCUUUCUCAUGACGAUAACCAAAUAUAUUUGCCUGGUGCUGCAUGUCGACGACAUACGCAGCUGCGUGGAUUGCGUAGAGCUGGACUGGAAUAUUGCGAGAAGCGAUGAAGAUCACGAGGUGAUGGUGAGGAAUGCCAAAAUCGGUCGUCUCACAGCGACGUCACUCGCCGUGUUCAUGCACAGCGCCAUACAAUGCUAUGGCAUCAGCAGAUGUCUCAUUAAGGAUGUCGUGGAAGUGGAUGACGUUAAUGUUUCGAUUCGCGAGCUACCCUUUCCGUUCUACAACAAAAUUCUCGACGUGCGCUUCAGUCCGGCAUACGAGGUGGUGCUGUUUGUGCAUUGCUCCUCGGCUUUUUUCAUAAGCGGUAUCACCUCCGUCAAUUGCGGUCUAAUGGCGAUCUUUGUAAUGCACGCGUGUGGACAACUUAAGAUCCUGACAAUGUGGCUGGGCAAUAUAGUGCACGACGACGAUGUUGCGGAUGUCAACAUGAUGCAGAAAAAGUUGGGUUUCAUUAUUGAACAUCAUUUACGAGUGGUAAAUUUUGUGUAUCAUAUAGAAGAAGUAAUAUAUAUGACAAGUCUCGUAGAAUUAGUAGGAGGCUCGCUAACAUUGUGUCUUCUUGGAUACUGUUCAAUCAUGGCAUGGAAUCAGGACAAAAAAGAACGUAUUCCAACGUAUUGUAUAGUAGGCAUAUCUUUUACGUUAAAUAUUUUUAUAAUUUGCUACAUUGGUGAGAUUCUCAGCGAACAGUACAGACAAGUUGGUAAGGCGACUUACAUGACGGAGUGGUAUCGUCUACCUCCAAAGACCACUCUUGGUCUUCUCUUAAUAAAUAUAAGGUCCAAUUACAACAUCAAUCUUACCGCCGGUAAAAUGAUCGACUUAUCUUUGUAUACGUUUGGGAACGUUUUGAAGGCGUCGAUGACUUAUCUAAACAUGCUACGGCAAAUGACCGCGUAGAUUCUUACAUUUAUUAUACAUGUAGAAGUAAAAUAAAUAGUCUUCGAAUCGAAAGGCUCGAUGUAGAAAUGUUAUAAUAUAUCCUCGCAAGAUAUUCAAGUUUCUUCAAUAGAACAGGAUAUACACAUCGGGAUAAAGUCUCAUAUGAUAGACUGGUAUCUUCCGUAAGAUAAAAACGCUCUAUGUAACAUUAGUAACGUAUAUAUAAAAUCUUAUAAUUAGACUCAUAGCCAGAAAAUUCGUGGGAUUAUCUUGGUCACUUUCUACAACGUGAGUAUAAAAUAUAUGCUAGCGUACCAUUCACUCUUUUACUAUUGUACCAUGUAAGGUAAAUAAUUCUUGAUGUAUGGUAACAUAAAUUUGAAAAA